UAUCACGAUGCGACUUUUCUGCCGUAAAGUGUGACCAACAUGUCCGGAUAGGAGAUCUCUGAGCGUCACUGUGAAGCACUUUUACAUGAUUUUUAAGCCAUCUGUGAAAAUAAAUGCACAAUGCCAAUCCCUGUUUUGCUCAUCCUGUACGGGAGCCAGACCGGCACGGCACAGGACACGGCGCAGAGGAUUGCUCGGCAGGCGCUGAGAAGACGUCUGCAAGUGCGCGUGUUGCCUCUGGAUGACUACGAUGUGGCCAACCUGAUCUCAGAGUCUCUGGUUGUUUUUGUCUGCUCAACCACUGGUCAAGGAGACCCUCCUGACAACAUGAAGAAUUUCUGGAGGUUUCUCUUUAAAAAAACGUUACCGGUUGGGUCUCUGUGUCGGCUAGACUGUGCCAUACUGGGCUUAGGGGACUCGUCUUACCCAAAGUUCAAUUUUGUGGCCAAGAAGCUCCACAAGCGUCUCGUGCAGCUUGGCGCCACUUUGUUGCUGCCUGUUGGCCUCGCUGACGACCAGCAUGACCUGGGGCCUGAUGCUAUAGUUGAUGUGUGGCUUACAUCAUUUUGGCAAAACAUGGCUGCCUUGUACCCAAGCCUUACAGAUGUGGUCCCAUUGAGGGAAGAUGAGCCACUUCCUCCGUCGUACACGUUCCAUUUCUUGGAUGGUGUAAAAGAGAAGACCGAUGACUGUCGGAAAAUUAGAACACAACCAGCUGCUCCUUCCCAGUCUCAUCCCUUCUAUGCCAAACUUCUGUCCAACGUGAGGGUCACUGACCAACAGCACUUUCAAGACGUGAGGCACAUUGACUUUGACAUCAGUGGCUCCAACAUACAUUUUACUGCAGGUGACGUGGUGAUGAUGUAUCCUUGCAACGCCCCAGAGGACGUUCAGCAAUUCUGUCAGCUGUUGAGAUUGGAUCCAGAGGCUAAAUUCUCUCUUACAAGCACAAAUGGCUCUGCAGUCCCUGGCAGGCUUUCUCAGCCCUGCACUGUGAGCUACCUGGUGGAGAAGUGUUUGGACAUUGCAGCCGUGCCUCGACGCUCCUUCUUUGAGCUGCUCGCUACCUUCUCCACCAACGAGCUGGAGCUUGAGAAGCUGGUCGAGUUUAGCUCUGCAGAAGGCCAAGAGGAGCUGCACAGCUACUGCAACCGACCACGCCGCACCGCUCUGGAGGUCUUGGCCGACUUCCCCCACACGACGGCACAACUCAAAGCCGACUACUUGCUCGAUCUUUUUCCUCAGAUCCAACCGAGGUCCUUUUCCAUCGCCUCCUCUCUUCAGGCUCACCCUAACAGGCUGCAGGUCCUGGUAGCUGUGGUCCAGUACAAAACCAAAAUGUUUAAACCGCGGAGGGGUCUCUGCUCCACCUGGUUAGCCUCCCUCGAUCCCACAAAAGAAGAUGUUUAUGUGCCUCUCUGGGUGAAGAAGGGAAGUCUAAAGUUUCCCACGGAGAAGGACAUCCCCGUCAUAAUGGUUGGACCAGGAACAGGAGUGGCACCCUUCAGGUCAGCUUUACAAGAGAGGACUGCUGAGGGUAAACAUGGCAAUGUCCUGUUCUUUGGCUGUCGAUCCGAGUCCAAAGACUUCUACUUCAGGUCCGAGUGGGAGGAGAUGAUGGCAGUUGGACAGUUGAGGCUCUUUUCUGCCUUCUCCAGAGACCAGGAAGAAAAGAUUUAUGUACAACAGCGUGUCAGCGAGAACGCUGCACUCAUUUGGGACCUUAUUAGCAAUAAAGGCGCCUACUUCUACAUAGCAGGAAAUGCCAAACAGAUGCCGACCAGUGUGUGUGACGCACUCAAAAGGGUCUUCGAGCAGCAGGGAGGGCUGUCGUCCGAGGACGCCGAACAGAUGCUGACAGUCAUGGAACGCUGCGGUCGGUUCCAAAGUGAGACCUGGUCCUGAUCAGACGGAGUCAAGAAGGACAGCGGUCACAUGACUUCACAUCGGUGACAUCAUCAAUAUAUCUACUCACUCUAUGCACAGAAGAAGAUUUGAAAUUCUGGACUAAUACUUCAGUCCUGCCACCGCAACAAUAAAGAAGGACCAUGUACACACUUCAAAGAAUGUGGGUGCAUUUUAGAAACAAAGUUCCGACUGUCUUUUAGGUCGCGAAUGUGAGGUGAUUGGAUGAGUGUGAGUAAGGCCAUGAAGGAAAAGUAAGGGAGUGCCAGAGUGUGUGUGCAAUGUCAGCUUAUUGAGUGUGUGACCCCCACGGUCAGAUCUUCGUGUACACCACCUGAAAAAGAAAAUUAUGUUUAAUUCUGCAUAGACAGAUCAAUUUUGGUUGUGGAAAAAAAUCUAAAAGAAUGCACAAAGUAUUGUGUUAUUUGCUGUGUUAUAUUUACUGUUUCCUUAGUGGAAGAAAUUUGUCAAAAUGGGUUUUUUUUUAUAAGUGAUGUUAUGUAAGGGAUCUAGGCUGAGAUCUUAGGUUCAAGAACUUUAAAACCAGUGAAGUUGGCACGCUGUGUAAAUUGUAAAUAAAAACAGAAUUCAA